AUGGCAGUGGACUACUUUCUGCAUGAGAAGAUCUGGUUUGACAAGUACAAAUAUGAUGAUGCUGAGAGAAGAUACUAUGAGCAGAUGAAUGGGCCGCUUGGCAGCUCCUCACACCAGCAGAACGGAGCCAGCACGAUCCUCCGCGACAUUGCCAGAGCCAGGGAGAAUAUCCAGAAAUCACUGGCCGGAAAGACAGUUCCUCGGAGCAAAGAAGCUCCUUCUGCCCGGCACAAGAGGCAGUCGGGCCGCUCAACUAGUUCAAGCACAUCCUCUCCUGGGCCUUCUGGUGACCAAAAUGAUCUCCUAUCCAGAAUUUCUCACCUGGAGGUAGAAAACCAAAACCUACGUAGUGUUGUUUCGGACCUUCAGAUGGCCAUCUUCAAGCUGGAAAGCCGCCUGAAUGCUCUGGAGAAGUCAUCUACCUCCCACCAGCCCUCACCAGUUCCUCCAACCCAGAAAGUGGAACCAUUCAGUGUUCCCUCCAAGAAAGUGGAGCUGCCAUCUGCUUCACCAGCAAAGAAACCAGCACCAGCUGCUACAGAGGAAGAUGAUGAUAAUGACAUCGACCUCUUUGGAAGUGAUGAUGAAGAAGAAGACCAAGAGGCUGCUAAAGUGCGGGAGGAGAGACUGCGGCAGUACGCGGAGAAGAAGGCCAAGAAACCAGGUCUUAUUGCCAAGUCCUCCAUCCUUCUGGAUGUGAAACCAUGGGACGAUGAGACUGACAUGGCAAAGAUGGAGGAGUGUGUUCGGUCCAUCCACAUGGACGGGCUGGUGUGGGGAGCCUCCAAACUGGUCCCAGUAGGUUACGGCAUUAAGAAGCUCCAAAUCCAGUGUGUGGUGGAAGAUGACAAAGUUGGAACAGACAUCCUGGAGGAGGAGAUCACCAAGUUUGAAGAUUAUGUGCAGAGUGUUGACAUUGCUGCUUUCAACAAGAUCUAGAAGCAAAAACUGUAUCUACCCCCUCUGAAACUGUAACUAAUAAAGAUGGAGACUGGGAGUGCAG